CGAGGUAAGCCAUGACAUGACUCGUGAGGGGAAAAGAGAGUUGUUACGAUAUUCGACAGACCACGCCAUAGACACGCUGCUGACUCGCUCAGAAGUCCUAACCGUACAAGCAAAACAUGCGCGCACGCGCUUGCUCAGCAAUCAUCGAGACUUGAGUUUGUGUUCGCGUUCUUGCCUCCUUCAAGAGGAAGACUUUUGGAUCGUCCACGAGGGCUUUCAUGCGUCUUUCAACGAAUUUGACGAAAGUUGACAAAACAAAAUAAAGGAAUCAUCAUUACGGAAAAGACGACAACGAGGGAUACACGUGACGGUACGUUGCGUGUAGCCAAGUGAAGAGAGGUAUUCGAGAGCCUUGGGUUUGUAAAUGCUGAUCGUAGCUGCGCGCAUCAAGCAUGGCUGGGAUUUUUGAUAUUGAGCUUGGCGAUGGUCAACCUAAUGAGGUUGAAUCCGACGACGAUGUCAUCGACAAUGUGGAGGAGUAUGACAGCACUCCUAACGAGGAUACGAUGCUCGAGACUGGUGAACUUGAGCGUGUCCAGCUAUCCGAGCAAAAUGUUAACCCUGGACAGGAGAAGACUGGCCCAAAAGAUUUUGAAUUGUGCAAGAUCUUGGGGGAAGGUGGCUAUGGCAAGGUUUUCCAAGUUCGUAAAGUUACUGGCAAAGACAAAGGCAGUAUAUUUGCAAUGAAGGUGCUAAGAAAAGCAUCAAUAAUAAGAAACCAAAAAGACACAGCACACACCAAAGCAGAAAGAAACAUUUUAGAAGCCGUGAAGCAUCCAUUCAUUGUGGAUUUAAUGUAUGCUUUCCAAACUGGAGGUAAAUUGUACCUUAUCUUGGAGUAUCUAUGUGGUGGAGAACUUUUCACAUACUUAGAUAGAGAAGGCAUUUUCUUAGAAGAUACUGCUUGUUUUUAUUUAUCAGAAAUUAUAGUGGCACUACAACAUUUACACACACAAGGAAUAAUAUAUAGGGAUUUGAAACCAGAAAAUAUUUUAUUGGAUAGGGAAGGUCAUGUAAAGUUGACUGAUUUUGGUUUGUGCAAAGAGCACAUUGAAGAUGAUGCUCUUACACAUACAUUUUGUGGUACUAUUGAAUACAUGGCACCUGAAAUCUUAACCAGAAAUGGACAUGGCAAAGCUGUGGAUUGGUGGAGUUUAGGAGCACUUAUGUUUGACAUGCUAACUGGUGUGCCCCCAUUCACCGGAUCAGAUCGAAGGAAAACAAUUGACAAAAUUUUAAGAGGUAAACUGAAUCUGCCUCAAUACUUAACAACAGACGCUAGAGAUUUAAUCCGUAAAUUGCUGAAAAGACAAGUUCCACAAAGACUCGGUGCAGGUUCAGACGAUGCAGAGCCAAUAAGAAAACAUAGUUUCUUUAGUCAUCUUAAUUGGCAGGAUGUUACCGCACGAAGAUUAGUUCCUCCAUUCAAACCAUCUUUGAAAAGUGCUGAUGAUACGUCACAAUUUGACGAACAAUUCACCGCUACUGUGCCUGUUGAUUCCCCAGUUGAAAGUAUGCUGAGUGAAUCUGCAAAUAUGAUUUUCCAAGGUUUCACAUAUGUAGCUCCCAGUGUAUUAGAAGAUUUGUACAAUCCACAAAAAAAUGACAUUUCUCGAAGUGAGAAAAAUAUACUUAGUACCAGUCAAGGCAGACGCCGUCGUAGAUCUACAUCUCGAACACCAGAAUCGCACUUACAAGCAAUGUCAAACUUCCAUAAUCACAGACUCGCCAUUCCUGGUCAUCAUAGUGCUGACGACACCGAGAUGAUGGAGAUAAAUAAAAAUAAGCCAAGAAAGCAUGGAAUCCAUGUACGAGUGAUAGCUCAGAAUUUAAACUGCCCAAGUGUUCACGCCAUAAUAGUUGGCUAAAUGAAUUCAACAUAGAUACACAUAUACUGUACGCAUAAGUUGAAAACAUUAUAGUUAUAAAACAUAUGUUGUUAUAAAAAACUAAUCUAGAGAAAUUUGAGAGUGAAAUAAACUAAUUAAACAUUAUGUGAAGCUUGUGGUUAUAAAAAUGUUUAAUAAUAUUUAUAACUUACAAGCUGAUAAUUUUUAAUCAAAUUGAAGGCAAGAAUGUUUUAAUAUUAUUUAUAAUUUACAAUUUAGGAAAUUAUGCUUUUUUCUUUGAUUAGAUAUCAGUAAAAUGUGUAUCAAGAUUUAUUGAUUAUCUUUUCUUUAAAAUUAUGUAGUCUUAAGUGAUGAUUUAAGUAUGUGAAUUUAUUGUAUGUGGCAAUACAUUAAAUUAUAUUAUUUCUAAAGCAAUUAGUAAAAGUUUGAGA